AUGUCCGCCGGCAAAAGAAAACGUGAUCGCGAAAAGCUAGCCCCCGUUGACAACCGCGCGGGGUUUUCGUCCCUCGAUGCCGUUCCGGGCAUGGUCGACACUGACAAGAUCGAUGAUUUUCAAGUCGGCCCGCUCUCCGUUUUGAAGCGCGCUGUCGAACAGGAUAUUCAAGUCCUUAUCAACCUACGCAGCAACAAAAAGUUGCUCGCAAGAGUAAAGGCUUUUGACAGACAUUGCAACAUGAUCUUGCAACAUGUCACAGAGAUUUGGGUGGAGCAUCACAAGGGACCCAAUGGCGGCAAGCCCCAGCGUCUCGAGAAGACAAGAGUUAUAUCAAAAAUGUUUUUGAGGGGAGAUUCCGUCAUUCUCGUUCUGCUCAAUCCUAAGUAG